AUGGCUGCUGUGAUUAGGCUUUCUCAAAAGGUGUUUUGCAGUGGAACCGUGGAGACCGCAUUGAGUGUGGGCGAAAUUAAUGUUCGAACAUCAACAGUGACUCUGCUUUAUGCAAUUGGAGUCUCCCUUGGAGAAAUCAACUCACUGGUGUACGCGGACUCUAACGCCAACCAAUUGCCAAAGGGGAAGCACAGUGUUCAGGGCGUCGGACGCAAUAUGCCUGAUCCUUCGACUUGGAUUACUUUAGAUGAUGGUGUAGUGGUGCCUUGUGGAAAGAUCAUCGAAUCCAAAGUGUAUACCGCCACACUCUUGUACAACGAGUUCAUUGUUUACGACGUGCGUCAAAUACGUCUGCGCUACCUGGUCAAACUGAGGUUUGAGUACAUCCUCUAG